AAGAAGUUACUCGCCCCGCGCUGUCAGAGGUUAGGGAAAACCGAGAGAGGCUAGAGGAAGCUUCACUUUCUUCUGUGAGCAGAGGACGACCUGUGCAACUGAAUGGAAAGGGAGUAGUGGGCCAAAAGGCAGGAGGGAUAUAACCUAUCCAUCACCUUGUAAGCGCAGCGCGGUGAGAGCGGCAACGCUGCCAACUCCUCCUCGAGCCAGCGUGCAACACUGAACUGUGUUGGGAGCAAACAAGGGAAUGACAUAAACAUACCCAGAGAUGGUUUACUACCCGCGGGGACCUUCAGAGACAUUUCCGCAACUACUACUGCUGUGAACUUUUCUACCCUAAAACUGUACUGACGAGAGGGAGAGGAUUAAGAAAAGUGCUUCUUCUUCUAAUCAGCAAAGGGAUUAAUUAUGCCGGACCAAAUCACAGUUUCAGAGUUUGUGGCAGAGACGAAUGAAGACUAUAAAUCGCCGACUGCUUCUAACUUCACCACAAGGAUGUCCCACUGCAGGAACACAGUGGCUGCUCUGGAGGAGGCUCUGGAUGUGGACCGCAGCGUUCUGUACAAGAUGAAGAAGUCUGUGAAGGCCAUCUACACGUCCGGUCUGGCCCACGUGGAGAAUGAGGAACAGUACACUCAGGCCCUGGAGAAGUUUGGAGAAAACUGCGUGUACAGAGAUGAUCCUGACCUGGGUUCAGCCUUCCUCAAGUUCUCCGUCUUCACCAAGGAGCUCACUGCGCUUUUCAAAAACCUGUUCCAAAACAUGAACAACAUCAUCACCUUUCCUCUGGACAGCCUGCUGAAAGGAGACCUGAAGGGAGUCAAAGGGGAUCUAAAAAAGCCCUUUGACAAAGCCUGGAAGGACUACGAAACAAAAGUCACCAAGAUAGAGAAGGAGAAGAAGGAGCACGCAAGGCAGCAUGGGAUGAUCAGGACGGAAAUAAGUGGGGCGGAAAUCGCUGAAGAGAUGGAGAAGGAGAGGAGAUUCUUCCAGCUGCAGAUGUGUGAGUAUCUUCUCAAAGUCAACGAGAUCAAAAUCAAGAAGGGUGUGGACCUGCUGCAGAAUCUCAUCAAGUACUUCCAUGCACAGUGCAAUUUCUUCCAGGAUGGUCUGAAAGCUGUGGACAACCUGAAGCCUUCCAUAGAGAAACUGGCCACAGAUCUGCACACAAUAAAGCAGGUGCAGGACGAGGAGAGGAAACAGCUGACUCAGUUACGAGACGUCCUCAAGUCGGCGCUACAGGUGGAGCAGAAAGAGGAUUCACAGGUGAGGCAGAGCACCACCUACAGCCUGCACCAGCCACAGGGCAACAAGGAGCACGGCACAGAGCGCAGUGGGUAUCUCUACAAGAAAAGCGACGGGUUGAGGAAAGUUUGGCAGAAGAGAAAGUGCACGGCGAAGAACGGAUACCUCACCAUCUCACACGGCACAGCGAACAGGCCGCCAGCUAAACUCAACCUGCUCACCUGCCAGGUGAAACACAAUCCCGAGGAGAAGAGGAGCUUUGACCUCAUAUCACACGACAGAACGUAUCACUUUCAGGCCGAGGACGACCAGGACUGUCAGAUCUGGAUCUCGGUGCUGCAGAACAGUAAGGAGGAGGCAUUGAAUCAGGCCUUUAAAGGGGACCAGCAUGUUGGGGAGAACAACAUUGUGCAGGAGCUGACCAAGGCAAUCCUUGGAGAAGUCAAGAGGAUGACGGGAAAUGACGUGUGCUGUGACUGCGGAGCGCCCAACCCAACGUGGCUGUCCACCAACCUCGGCAUCCUCACCUGUAUUGAAUGUUCGGGGAUCCACAGAGAGCUGGGAGUCCACUACUCCAGGAUCCAGUCGCUCACUCUGGAUGUACUCAGCACCUCAGAGCUCUUGCUGGCCAAGAAUGUGGGGAAUGCAGGCUUUAAUGAAAUCAUGGAGGCUUGUUUAAGUGCUGAAAAUGUUGUGAAACCCAACCCAGCCAGUGACAUGCAGGCGAGGAAAGACUUCAUCACAGCCAAAUACACAGAGAAGCGUUUCGCCAGGAAGAAGUGUCCUGACGCAACGUCGCGGCUCCACACGCUGUGCGAUGCAGUGAAGGCUCGAGACAUUUUCUCCCUCAUCCAGGUCUACGCUGAGGGAGUGGACCUCAUGGAGCCCAUACCUCUGGCCAACGGACACGAACAAGGGGAGACAGCCCUUCAUCUCGCAGUCAGACUGGUGGAUAGAACAUCUCUUCACAUCGUGGACUUCCUCACUCAGAACAGCUUGAAUCUGGAUAAGCAGACAGCUAAAGGCAGCACAGCGCUACACUACUGCUGCCUGACCGACAACAGCGAGUGUCUGAAACUGCUGCUGCGGGGGAAGGCCUCCAUAGAGAUCGCUAAUGAGGCCGGGGAGACACCACUGGAUAUCGCUCGGAGGCUAAAACACCUACAGUGUGAGGAACUGUUGAGCCAAGCUCUGGCAGGGAAAUUCAAUGCCCACGUCCACGUUGAGUAUGAAUGGUGUCUACAGCAUGAAGACUUGGAUGAGAGUGACGAAGAUCUGGAUGAGAAGCCCAGCCCUCAUCGCAGAGACGAGCGCCCGGUCAGCUGUUACACCCCGAGCAGCAACUCCAACCUGGGCCCGGGAGGCCGCGACGGCAUCAGCCUCACCAAGGACAAACAGCGCGCCUACAUGCCCAACCUGGUUAACAACGAGACCUAUGGCACCAUCCUCAGCACCAACUCGCCUCAGCCCGCCACCACCUCCGCUCCACCGCUGCCCCCGAGGAACCCGGUCCUGUUAUCCAGUCUGGGAGGGCUCAGUCAGUCCCCAGUGUCCAGCAGCUGGAAGCCAGUAUCUUCAGACAUGGUGGGGCGACAGAGGUCGUCCUCAGACCCCCCCAACAUGCAUCCUCCUGUCCCCCCGAUGAGACUUACCUCAACUGGAGGUCUGUGUCCUCCUGUGGCAAAGAUGGAAGCUUUGAGCAUACAGUCCAAGUCAGUCCAGGGGCCCCUGGGGUCCAGAGCAGUGCCACCCAAAUCACCCGCAGGCAAUGAUAAAAGCUUCAACAGAGGACCUCUAAAUCGAACACAGUCUAUCGAAAGACCAGCUAAGGAAGUGCCAGGAUGUCCCCAGAACUCAAUAGGUCAGUCUCUGCCUCCAGCCCCCAUGCCGAGGAAGGCCUACCCGAAGCAGAGGCCGAAGCGAGUGAAAGCCAUCUACAACUGUGUAGCGGACAACCCAGACGAGCUGACCUUCUCUGAGGGCGAGGUGAUCGUGGUGGAUGGAGAGGAGGACCAGGAGUGGUGGCUGGGCCAUAUCGAUGGCGAUCCAAUGAGAAGAGGAGCCUUCCCGGUUACAUUUGUACACUUCAUCGCUGACUAAAAGGUCACUCUGGGUCUCAGGAAGUGUCCCGGGAUGCAGCGUCCCUCCUUCGCCCGUCUGUGUCUUUCAGCCAGCAAAAACGCCCACCAUCGUCCCAGUGUUUUGUUGUCGACAUCAUCAUCAAUCACUAUCAUCAUCACUGGCAUCAUCGGUGUGCUUGUUGAAGUGUCGCUGCUGUAUCAUCACCUUGGCUGCAACUUUGUGUGGUUGUCGUCAUGGCAACUGAGGCAGACUUGCGCCAGAAAGUCUGGGUGUCAUCGAGGACUCGUGGGGGCCGUAUGUGAUUUUUAAUGCUUGCUGUUAAUGUUUGUGACGCAGACUCUUAAGAUUUAAAAAAAAACAAAAAAACAAUGAUUGUAGUGAAUGACCUCUCGCAAUAAAUGCACUUUCCUUGUCUUUAUCCUUGUUACAACAUAAGACGACAUGUGACAUAAUGAAGGUUGUAUGUACAGUAUUCAUUUCUCCCGUUUUCUGUUCAGUUGCAAUGUACAAACAGUCCUUAAAGUGAUAGUACUGAAAGAGUACAGCAAUGUAUUUUAACUUACUAACAACUGUAAAAGUGAACAUAGUCAACAUGCGUACAUUCCACCUCUGUGCAUGAGCGAUUUUUAAAAGCCUACCUGCUUCUAGGUGCAACUUUUCAACUCUGUGGUAGCCCUCCUGCGUGGAGGUUUUUCUAAUGGUGCUAAGUUAACCCCAGAAUAUGCUAGAAGCUGCCCCCACGGGAGCGCUUCCCUGUCCCCGUUUCAAAGACAGACCGGCAUUGAAAGGGGGAGGCUGCAUGUAAAAAUAGCCUUCAACUAAUCACGCCUGGGAGAACCUGCUCUCUCAGGUGUGUGUAGAGUAAUAGAGCUGCAAACGAAUUCAAUGUCAUGCUACUUCCAUGAAUGCUUUUCCACACACACACACACACACACACACACAGACACACACACACGCACGCACACUUCUCUUACUGUACUAUUUUAGGAUGACAUUCAACAGCAACACUCCCAGUUCUUCCACCCGUACUGUUUUAGGUCAAAUGAUGACACUGACUGGAGCUGCAGCAGUCGGUAAUUACCUUUAUGUCGAGUCUGACACAUCAGGCUGUCUUCACCUGUCAUCUGCCUUAUUAGAGGAAUAGGAAGUGUGUGUGUGUGUGUCUCUUCUUCACAGAAUAAGCUGAGGAUGACAGAAUAUUGAAGUAAGAGGAAAUUUAAAAAAAAAAAAAAAAAGUGUAGGAGCGUGAUGAAAGGUGGGAGUUAGCUGUGACUUUUGUUGCUUCUUCUUGCCUUUUAGAGCACUCACACUCUUGACAGGCUGAUUUUGUUUCUGUUCACAAAUGAGCUAAAUUAAGUCUCUUAUCUUGACACUCUCUAUACAACCAGACAGAGAGAGAAAAGAAUAUCCUUCCUACAGCUUAGGCCCGUCAUAUUUGUACAUUUCUGGGGUUCCAUUAUGUAGAAAGAUGAGUUUAUCUAUAGUGUUAUGAAAUAGAUAUAAAAUAUACAAUGUAAUUAACUUCA